AUGGAGAGACAAAUAAAAGAUCUUCACCUGCGACUUCCCUCUUCAAGACUGAGUUCCAGAGAAAACACUUCUCGCACUCACCGAAAAACAGUCAGAUUCAUAGUCAAAGGCAAUACCCCAGAAGUAGGGUCGCCACUUCCUAAGGACAAGGAUCAGAGCUAUAUAAACUUUACAGAUGAAGAUGAAGACAAGCAGAUACUUAAGGAUUUGACCUAGAAGUCCAAAGAUCACUCUAAAUAGUCGUAAAGUCAAAGGAAUAGUUUAUUUAAAACAAACUAAAACCAUGUCACUAAGGAGCAGCAUUUGAAAGUGAAUGGUAUUACGAGAUCUGCUUCUUAAAUAUUUAAGUUUGAAGACUAAAAUCUAAGUAGAAAGCACGCACUUAGAAAUCAAGCGAUUAUAAAGUAAAAGCUAAGAAAUAUAGAAGACAAAGACUAAAUAACUGACUAUGAUGAAGAAGUUAAAAAUAAUCUGCUGGAUAGAGAUCUAGUCACUAGACUAGAUACAUUUGAGAUGAAAGUGGCUCCAACUGCAUUACAUAUAUUUGCAGAGAAUCUCAGUGGCCGCUUGAAGAGCAUGGCAUUUUCUUAAACCAAUUAAUCAAGAGUUCCCUUUUCAAAGCAACUGAAGAUUCUGAGUGACACAAAAUCAACCUAGUCCAAUACUACUUCCUAAAGCAGGCCUUAGACUUCAAAGUUUUCAGUUUCAAAGGAGGCUACGCAAGUAUCACUGAACCUAAAUAACCUGAACUCAAUAAUGAAGGACAAUUAGAAAACAGCUAUUGAGUAAAUGUUCGAGAGUAAGGAGAACACAAGCAAGUUCUAAAAUGAAUAACAUGCAAUGCAGAAAUCAGUUAAGGAAAUAGAAAAGUAUCUUUCAAUGCAAAAGGGCGAUCUUUACUCAGAAGAGGCUAGAAAUCAGGUCACCAAGUACAAAAUCUACAGACCAAAGACUGCCAUCAAGGAAAAGAGAGAGGAAUUGAUAUAGAAGGUUAAGACUACAAGCUAGAUAGCAAACGAAAAGUAGUUUGAAGUGAGAAUACAAAAAGAAAUGCCAAUCAAUCUCGAAAAAGAUGAAGUCGUUGCUACUUAAAUGGAUUUGUAUGUGCCCCUGAUGUUAAAUUAAAACAUCUAGAAAGCUAGACUUUAGAGACAGAAAGAAAGAAUGAUGGAAUAGCUAUCUUCUAAACUUACUAAGAUUGAGGGAUUUGUAGAUGAAACUUUUAAGCUGAGCAAUAUCAAUGAACGAAUAAGAGUGGAAACAGAGUUACUGAAUGAAUUUAAAUCCCUAAAAGUAAAAAUAGAUGAACUUAGAUUACAAAGAACAUCAAUUUUUGCAGAAAAUACUAAUCUACAUAACUAACUUUAGCAAAUGCGACAGCAGUACAGAGUAUAGGAUGAAGAAAUAAGACGUAUGUAGCUUUGUACUCGAACUAAUUUCGAAAGCAAAAUGAAAAAUAUGGAUAAGAACAAUAUGAUGAAGGAUCUAAUAAAGCUCUCAUCAGAAAAAGAAUAGAUGGAGAAAAUGAAAGAUGAGAGAAGGAAAAAGGAGAUGGCUAUACAUAAGGCAAGAGACAAGAACAAUGAGCGUAUUUACUAUGUAGAUCAAGAGAUUGAAGUCAUUAAGACUCAGCUAUAGUUUAUACUAAAUGUGCAGAAGGAGUACUAUUUAAGGUUGCUGAGGGAGGGUUAAGAUACUAGACAAAAAGGUUUGGUUUGGAUAAUACAAUGUCUGCAGUGUGAAUUGGAAGUGCCUGUUAUAUUUAAAGAUUAAAUGCCAAAUAUUCUAGAUGAAAGGAGCAAGCAGUUUAUAAUAGACUUAGCUAAAAAGGAUUACAAAUUGGUUAUUCAACAAAAAUAACUAUAAGAAAUGAAACUGAAUCAAAAGUAAGAGUUGAUAAGUGAUUCAAGGAAGACUCUAGCUCGAGGUGAGAUUAACUUUGAAUUAACUCAUCACAAAAAUAUGAAUGUAAAUGGAUAUUACUUUACUGAGAACGGCUUUGAGCCAAUUCGCAAUGGUGAGAAGUUUCAAGAGAUUAUGAACCUCAAGAACAAUACUAUCAAACAAAUAUAAUCAGCUAGAAAUGAAUACCAAAGAGGCUACUCAGCUAGACCUUAGAAGACUAUAACUCAAAUCGUAAAUGAAUCAAAUGCAAUGCACUCUAAAAUGUUUGGCUUUGACACUCUCUUUACAAAAAAUACUAAAAAGUUGAUCUUCAAUAAGCUUAUGGGGUAAGGAUAGCAUAACAAGUCCUAAAAGAAUGGUCUCACAUUUAAAAAUGGCAUGUACUUGAUGAAGUCUGAGCAAAUGCAAAUAUAAGUGGAUGCUUAGCAAAGGGUAAUAGAUUAGUUUGAAAGGGACAUCAAUGAAGUUAAGAUGAGUGAGAUACGCCGGCUUGCAAGAGACUAUCUGAAUAACUACAGUGAGUUGAAGAAAAAUGUGAAGAAUCCAUAAGAUUUAAGAAUGCUGAUAUUGUGUUUAUUCGGCGACACCUCUUGGGAAGUAGAAUUUAACAAGCAGGUUAAGUUGCAAUAGGAGUAUAAACACAAGAAUUCUAUGCUUGAUAAUGCUAGUAUUGGAGUAAAUUCAAUGAAUAUUAUAGGUGAUGCAAGUGCUUGUUCAAAUGCUGCUGUUGUUAAAUGA